GGUUUAAACAUACAAAGGAAUUGCUGGGACCAGCAAAAGGGCAGGCUGCACGGAGCGGAGUGGAGUAGAGGGGAGGGAAGGAGAGGGGAGGGGAACGAGCGAGCUAGAGGCUGCUCGGCGUGCGGGCUGGAGACGAUGCGCGGUUGAGAAAGAAGGCGGAGACGUGGAUUGGAGACUCACAGAGCCCCCCUCUUAGAUCGCGACUGCACAAACACUUUGAGGAACGACUACGAUGACUCCGGCAGCCCCCGGGGUCCUGGGAUUUCUCCUCCCUGCCCUCUGGCUCCACUCCAGCGUUUUCCACCAAACUUGGGCAGCCCCGUCCCCAAUCAUCAAGUUCCCGGGCGAUGUCUCUCCCAAAACAGACAAAGAGUUGGCUGUACAAUACCUGAACACAUUCUAUGGCUGCCCCAAGGAGAGCUGCAACCUGUUUGUGCUGAAGGAUACCCUGAAGAAGAUGCAGAAAUUCUUUGGACUUCCAGAGACAGGAGAACUAGACCAGAGCACUAUUGAGACCAUGAAGAAGCCACGAUGUGGGAACCCUGAUGUGGCCAACUACAACUUCUUCCCCCGGAGACCCAAGUGGGAGAAGAACCAGAUCACAUACAGGAUCAUUGGUUACACACCUGAUCUGGACCCUGAGACUGUGGAUGAUGCUUUUGCUCGAGCCUUUAAGGUCUGGAGUGAUGUGACACCCCUUAGGUUUUCACGUAUCCAUGAUGGGGAAGCUGACAUCAUGAUCAACUUUGGUCGUUGGGAGCAUGGGGAUGGGUACCCCUUUGAUGGGAAAGAUGGACUCCUGGCUCAUGCCUUCGCUCCUGGCACUGGUGUAGGAGGAGAUUCCCAUUUUGAUGAUGAUGAGCUAUGGACCCUGGGAGAAGGGCAAGUGGUCCGAGUAAAAUAUGGGAAUGCUGAUGGUGAGUAUUGUAAGUUUCCCUUCCUGUUCAACGACAAGGAAUACACCAGUUGCACUGAUGCUGGCCGGAGUGAUGGCUUCCUCUGGUGUGCGACUUCCUACAACUUUGACAGCGAUGGGAAGUAUGGUUUCUGUCCCCAUGAAGCCCUGUUUACCAUGGGUGGGAAUGCUGAGGGGCAGCCUUGCAAAUUCCCAUUCAAGUUCCAGGGUACCUCUUAUGACAGCUGUACUACUGAGGGCCGAACAGAUGGCUACCGUUGGUGUGGCACUACCGAGGACUAUGAUCGUGACAAGAAAUAUGGUUUCUGUCCUGAGACUGCCAUGUCAACUGUUGGGGGGAACUCUGAGGGUGCCCCAUGUGUCUUUCCCUUCACUUUCUUGGGCAACAAGCAUGAAUCCUGUACGAGUGCUGGCCGCAGUGAUGGCAAAAUGUGGUGUGCCACAACAACCAACUAUGAUGAUGAUCGAAAGUGGGGUUUUUGCCCUGACCAAGGGUAUAGCCUGUUCCUUGUGGCAGCCCAUGAGUUUGGUCAUGCUAUGGGGCUGGAGCACUCAGAAGACCCUGGGGCAUUGAUGGCACCAAUCUACACAUACACCAAGAAUUUCCGCCUAUCCAAUGAUGACAUCAAGGGCAUUCGGGAGCUGUAUGGGUCCUCCACUGACACCGACACUGGGACUGACACUGGCCCUACCCCCACUCCGGGGCCUGUCACUCCUGAGAUCUGCAAACCGGACACACACAUUGUGUUUGAUGGCAUCUCACAGAUUAGAGGAGAAACAUUCUUCUUUAAGGACAGGUUCAUGUGGCGGACGGCAAACUCAAGGGAGAAGCCCACUGGGCCCUUGCUUGUGGCCACAUUCUGGCCAGAAGUUCCUGAGAAGAUAGAUGCAGUGUAUGAGGCCCCACAGGAGGAAAAGGCUGUGUUCUUCUCAGGGGAUGAAUACUGGGUCUACUCAGCCAGCACCCUGGAGCGGGGCUAUCCUAAGAAGCUAACUAGCCUCGGGCUGCCUCCAGAUGUUCAGCAUGUGGAUGCUGCCUUCAGCUGGAGCAAAAACAAGAAGACUUAUAUCUUUUCUGGAGACAAGUUCUGGAGGUACAAUGAAGUUAAGAAGAAAAUGGAUCCUGGCUUCCCCAAGCUUAUCGCUGAUGCCUGGAAUGGCAUCCCUGACAAUCUGGAUGCUGUGGUAGAACUGCAGGGAAGUGGACACAGCUAUUUCUUCAAGGACUGGUAUUACCUUAAACUGGAGAACAAGAGUCUGAAAAUUGUAAAAGUUGGAAACAUCAAAACCGACUGGCUGAGCUGCUGAACUAUGCAAACUCUCUGUAACACAAUAUUUACAUCUCUUAUCCCUCCCUCCCAUCUUGGUCACUAGCUAGAUCUAAAUACUCGUUACUAGCCCAGGCUGGUACUGGUUGCCCCAAGCAUUAAGGACCUACUGGUCAAUUCUCUCACAUUUUGGUAAUUUAAGAUUUUGUACAGUGGCCUCCCCUCCUAUCCCAAUUCUCUAACCCAGGGAUAUAGAUGUUUAUUAUAUAUACCCCUAUCUCCUCCCUUUCCCUGUCCUGCUCUACCUCCGGGCCCCCAGUAGGGGUUGAAUGAGCCACGGAGGGUCUCCUCGUGUUUACCCCCUGCCUCUGAGGAGAGGAGAUAUUUGGAUAUCUUCUGGGUAGCCCUGCCCAGGGUUGCCCUGGUGCUGUCUCCACUUAAAGACCUUUCUCCCUCCUUUGCUCCUGUAUGACAUCUCUUAAUCCUCAAAGCCCAGCAGAGACUAUCUGGAUUGGGCACUGGUGGCCCUGACAGCCUGCCAUGGAGCCCUGGGAGCGAGACAUGGUAUAAUGGCAGCUGUGUUAAUAUGCUUUAACACAACUGGCUGCCCUAGUACUAGAUUCACUAGCCAUUUGCUUCAAUGCACUUUGGUCUUUGUUUGUUUGUUUGUUGUUUAAAAUUCAUUUCUGGACAGAAGGACUCAGGUUUUCUGAAGUCACUGCAUGAUGUGCCCGGGACACAUAAUAAUGUUUAACUGGUUCAGGUUUUAUAGCAUUUUCCCAACUGUCAUGACCCCUUCACAUCUGGUGGAGGGGGAAAAAAAAGCCACAGUUCUUCCCCUUCCCACUCCUUCCUUCCCUGUGAGAUAUGUCAACAAGUAUGAAUAAAGGAAUCCAUUGUUCCCGGGAGUGUUUGAGGAGCAUUGCAGCAGCUCAUGGGAGAGGUAGGUAGCUACAGCAGCAGAAAAGAGAAGGGCCUCAACUGGAGCAAAUUCUCAAACCCUCUUCCCAUUGAUGGGGGAAGAUGGUCUAGCAUGCCUGUCCUGCAGGCAAGAUAUAAAGAAGAUCCUCCACAUAGAGGUAGUUCACAAACUAGAAAACCUUUGGUAUAAUGUGACACAGGGGAAAGAACACCAGACUAGAAGUAAGGAGACCUGAAUUGUACUACAGUCUCUGAAACUAAUUGGUCUGUAAAUUUGGUCAAUUUACUUCAUAUCACCAGAUCUCAGUUUCCCCCUUUAUGAAAUGAGGGGGACAGACCAGGUCACCUCCAAGAUGUCUUCUAAUUCUUCCAUUCUCAUGUUCCCUCUUUCAAACAGAUCAUUUAGGACAAGAAAGAGGGUAGGGUGGAAUGGAAGUUACAAAUAAUGAAUAUAGCAUUUAUUAAGCACUUAACUAUUUGCAAAGCGCUGUGGUAAAUCCUGGGGAUACAAAUAGAAAAAUAAGACAGUCCUUGCUCUCAAGGGGCUCACAUUUUAAAGGGGGGUAAUAAUACAUAGGAUGGUUUCAGUUGCAAGUCAGAUGGAAAAUUCCCACAGUUUCUAGGAUGCAACAGCACAGCCAAUGGUAAUGCCCUUUCUUGCAUGUCACUUCCACUGAUAAAAAUCACAUCAGUAUUUGAUAAUGAAUCAUUUGACAAGUAUCAAGGACUUUGGUGAUAAGACUUUUCUUUUGGGGAUCUUCAAAAAUGUGGCUGUAGCACCUAUAGAAGCAAUUCCCAGGCUGUAUCUCCAUGGAUGUUGCUUCCCAGGAUGAUGGCUGAGGGUAUUGGGUUUGAAGUAUCAUUCUUCCAAAAGUUUUUGGGUUCAAAGUCUUGAGGGGUGUCCACCAGUGUCUGAAGGUUGAUGGUGAUCAAGUUGGUGGUGGUUUUAUUUGCCUAGCACAUGCUGCUUCCUAUCUCUCCCUCAUAAUAUUCUGCUGCUUUGGCUAUGCUGGCUUGCCUGCCUUCUAUAUCAUUAUAUAUCAGUUGGAUGGCAGUCAUUUAGUAGAGUUGUUCUCAAGAUGAUGCUUUAAGUCAGUGCCUUCCUCUUCUCUACCCUCUCACCCACAGUUCUUACCCCCUCCUUUCUGACCAAGUCCUAGAAAGUGAAAGAGAGAAAACUAUAGUGGCUAGUUGAAUGUAUCCAGAACUGGAUGCUCACAGAUGUAAUUAGGGACAGGAAUGAAUAUACAAAACAGGUUGGAAAAAAUCCCCAACCCAGUAGACAGAUUGGGAUUAAAGGAUUUAGAGCUGUAAAGAUCUUUAGAGGACAGAGUCCAACCCCCUCAGUGUAGAGAUGAGAAAACUUAGGCUCAGAAGACCAAGAAGUGACUUGCCCAGGGUCAAAAUGGUAGCAAACAGCAAGUCCACAAAUAACACCCAGGUACCCUGACUCCAAAUGAAGUGCUCUUUCUACAACACAAAUCUGCUUCUGUUGUUUCAGUCUCAGGAUAGCAUUCCAGACAGUGCUCUCUGGAAGAAUAUUAAUAGUGCAGUUAACCUGUUGAGAGGUGUAGUCACAGAGAUUGUGCCCAAGUCCCUCUGCACUGGGUCCAGCCUCUUGUCUAUAAAUCAACAAAGCAUUCAUUCAUUAUCAAGUGACAAACAUUUAUGUGCAAGCCACUAGGUGCUGUGAAUACAAAAGUGAAAAACGACAGUCCCUGACCACAAAGAGUUUGCGUUCUAAUAGGGGAGGGGGUGCAAUACAUAUAAGGACUGGUGUCAAAGGAUGAGGGUUUUAAUAUAGGGCAGGAGUUCUUAACCUUUUCAAUAUCAUGGACCCUUUCUUAACAGUUUGGUAGACUAUGCACCCCUCCUCAGAAUAAUGCUUACUGUCUAUAUUCAUAAUGGAAGGAAAUGCUAAAUAAUAAUGAAAUACUAAAUUAAAGUUAGAGGUGAGUGAAAAUAAGGAUGUAAUUUUUUCCCAUCAAAAUCUGAAAUUUAUUCACAGAUGCUUUGGGGAUUUGGGGACACUGGAUUAAGAACUCUUGGUCUAGAUAGUCACAGGGAUUAUAAACAAUAAGGCAGUAGUAGAUUGUUACAAA